AGUUCAAGUCGAUGUUCGCUGCCGAGCGGUUGCGUCGUUCCCGCUGUAGCUGUCGCUGUCGUUGUGUGUGUAAGAGUGCCGCUGGAGUGUGUGUCUGUGUGUGAGAGUACCGCUAGCCAGGACACACCGUUAUUUUGUGCAGUGAAAACAAUUGCCAGUGUGCAAUGGCAAUGGGCGCAAUCAAUGCCUAGAUCACAACUUAUCGCGCCGCCCUCGCUCCAAAAAUCCAAUUCAAACACCAUCCCCUUUCGCGUGGACCGAGGCUCGCUCGUAGCGCAAACGAAAACGAAACCGAAAACGACGAAAAAACGCGAUGCGAAUUAAAGCUUUGCGUGGCAAAAUGUGCUAACCGAAGCAACAAAACAAACCAAACCAUUCAAAAAAAUAAGAAAAUAUACAUACAUAUUAUAUACACAUGUAUAAGCAGCACGUGAAGAGGAAAAAAUCCAGAGUAGCUGAAGAAAAUUGCGUAGAAAAAUAAUAAUAGAAAAAACAGACAGGGAAAUACGAAUUUCGUUGACCGAAAAAUAAAAACGAUUAUCAUCCAAACGAGUGUGCCAGUGUGUGUGUGUGUGUGUGCGGGUGAGAGCGCGCGCGUGUGUGUGCGGGAGCUAACCCUAUAAAUAACAUUGGGUCUGGCCGAGCGCUAAUUACGGCAAAACAUGAAAAUCUUGGCGAAAACCACAGCAACAACAAGUGAAGCCAAGGCGGCAAUUAAUCAAUUUUCCGCUUGACCCAUAAGGAAGUUUCCAUAUCAUAAUUAAAAGAGGGGCGCAGAAAAACGAAGGAUACAAUCGCACGAAAGUAAGAGCAAAAGGUCAACCCAACGAAACAUAUCCUUGAGUUACGCAAAAAGUAAUGCAAAAUCUGUAUAAAUUUAAACGAGAACUGGAAACGUUUCCAUAUCAAAACAGGACACAUCAAAUAGUUUACAUCAGAAACUAACUUAGAUAAAAUCAUAAAAUAUCAUAAACAAAUUAAAAAACUUACAAAAAGACCGAUGGAUUCGUGUGAAAAUCGUUAACUCAUCAUAUCAUAAAUAAAACAACUGAAACCCCCAUGAUAUUGCUAAUCGUAAACAAACACUGGGCUUUGGCCUAGAACGCUCAACUAGAAGACUUAAAGAAAAAGCCAGGAAAAUGUAUAUCGGGGAAGCAGUUUUCCUGGUCCUCACCCUGCUGCCUGGAAUGAUCCUGGGCACUCGCUACAAUCAGCUGCAUCUGUAUGCCAAUGGAGGAGCAUCGUCAUCGGGCCCUGGAAGCUACAGGCCCGCCCCCUCGUCCCAGAACGAGGUGUACUCCAUGGCGGACACCCAGCCGAUGACUGAGGAUGGUUACAUGCCCCCCAGCCAGCACUUUCCGCCCACCCACUCCGACUUGGAUCCACCCGCCCAGCAGCAAAGCACCUGCCAAACGGUUUGCGCCUGCAAGUGGAAGGGUGGCAAGCAGACGGUGGAGUGCAUCGAUCGCCACCUCAUCCAGAUACCCGAGCACAUCGAUCCCAAUACCCAGGUGCUGGACAUGUCUGGUAAUAAGCUGCAAACCCUAUCCAACGAGCAGUUCAUCCGUGCCAAUCUGCUGAAUCUGCAGAAGCUGUAUCUGAGGAACUGCAAGAUCGGCGAAAUCGAGCGGGAGACCUUCAAGGGACUGACCAAUCUGGUGGAGUUGGAUCUGUCACAUAAUCUGCUGGUUACCGUGCCCAGCUUGGCCCUGGGCCACAUACCCUCACUGCGCGAACUCACCCUGGCCUCCAAUCACAUACACAAAAUCGAGAGCCAGGCCUUCGGGAACACACCAUCGCUGCACAAAUUGGAUCUGUCGCAUUGCGAUAUUCAGACCAUUUCCGCCCAGGCAUUUGGUGGCCUCCAAGGAUUGACGUUGCUCCGACUGAAUGGCAAUAAACUGAGCGAGCUUUUGCCAAAGACAAUUGAGACCCUGAGUCGACUUCAUGGCAUCGAACUGCACGACAAUCCCUGGCUCUGCGAUUGUCGAUUGAGGGACACGAAGCUCUGGCUGAUGCAAAGGAACAUACCCUAUCCGGUGGCUCCGGUUUGCUCGGGUGGCCCCGAAAGGAUUAUCGAUCGCAGCUUUGCGGAUCUGCAUGUGGAUGAGUUUGCCUGCCGACCGGAGAUGUUGCCCAUAUCGCAUUAUGUGGAGGCAGCCAUGGGCGAGAAUGCCUCGAUUACUUGUCGGGCUCGAGCGGUUCCAGCUGCGAAUAUCAACUGGUACUGGAACGGACGGCUGCUGGCCAACAAUUCGGCCUUCACCGCGUACCAGAGGAUACACAUGUUGGAGCAGGUUGAAGGUGGAUUCGAGAAGCGAUCCAAACUGGUGCUGACCAACGCACAGGAAACGGAUUCCAGUGAGUUCUACUGCGUGGCCGAGAAUCGAGCUGGGAUGGCCGAGGCCAACUUCACCCUGCACGUGAGCAUGAGAGCUGCGGGCAUGGCCUCCCUGGGUAGUGGCCAAAUUGUGGGUCUGAGUGCCGCACUGGUUGCUCUAAUUGUGUUUGCCCUUGGGGUUAUCAUGUGCCUUCUCCUGAGGGUCAAACGGCAGCCGUAUGUCGAUAGCAAGACGCCCAAUCACAUGGAGGUGAUAACAUCGGUUAACCACCAGAACUCCAUAACAAACAAGACCCAGCCCGCAACGGGAAAUGGCAGUAUUGGCGGCGUGGUCAUCGCUAAUGGAGCUGUGGCCAACAUAAUCGAUGGCGGAGUGGUGCAGGGAGGAACUCUGGAGCGGAAGAGCAGCGGACGGGGAGGUGUGCCCCAUGGAGUUCAUGAUCAGCGCAGCGCGAAUCCCGUACAGAAACCUCCGAGGCUAACAGAUCUUCCGUACUCCACGCAAGGAUAUGACAACAACGGAAGUGUCCUGUCCACUGCCUCCUGUUUCAUCUCGCCCAGUGGAUCCACCGGAAACGGUGGCAACAAUCCUGAUCUCAUCAAUGACACCAAACGUUUUGGGAGCGACGAGUUUGCGGAUCUGAAGAUACCACCCAUCAGUGGUGUUGGAGUCGGCGGUAGCGGGGAGUAUAGUCGCGCCAACGGCUGCGACUCCCUGUAUCCUUCGGGUCUGUGGGAACAUGGUGCUCCAGUGGGCACCACAUCCGCGGAUGACCUCUUCAUGAAGCGCUACACCGACAAGACGCCCAUCAUAGACUCCACUCAGCUGUACGACCUUCAUGAGCGAACGGCGGCUACGGAUUAUUUCAGCAAGACUUUUCCCAGAUCUCAUCUCCAGCAGGGCAUGAUGACGGGUGGCGGUGGAGGAACCUCGACGGCGUCGACGGUGACCACUAAUUUGUCGGGUGGCUCCUCAUCGGGUUACCCAAACGAUUAUGGUCUGCCUCUGGUGCCGGGAGCAGAGCACCAGCACAACCACCAGCUGCAGAUGCAUCCACUGCAGCAGCUCCAGCAGCAGCUGACCUCCACGCUCAACCAUCAGAAGCAGGAGGGCAGCUCCACCGGGAGCAGUCCGCACUUCAGUAGCCGCACACUGCCACGUCUGCACGAGGGCAGUGGCGGGGGCGGCAGUUCCCGGUCGUCGCCGACGCCAGCGGUUAGCGGUGGCCAUGCCAACCAGGCGGCAAACCCCAGCACCUCCAGUUCCUCCUGCUCCAUCCUGCCCAACGGGCAGCCAAUCAACGCCAAGACGAUACGGGUGUGGCAGAAGGGCGGUGUGCCCGUCCUGCCGCCCGUGACGGCGCUGAAAAGGGCCCUGAUCAGCAGCAGCCGGAAUUCGCCGGACGAGGGAUACCAGGAAGGAUGCGGCACGGAUGUGUAAGCGAAGCGCUUCUCGGGGGAAGGAACUGCGAGGAUGAAACCAAACCAAGAACUGACUAAACUUAACACAACUAAACAAAAGAUAUAAAAAAUAAAAACAAAUAAGAUGUAGCGACGGAUGGGGAGGUAGCUCUUUUAGGUAUAACACUGAUAGAUAGCUCCGGGGUCCUAGGCGAGCAGCGAUUGUUGUGCAAGCGAACUGUUUGUGAUAGUGUCUGACAAAAAGAUAAUGCGAAUGAAGAUAAUAAUUGCCCAAAGCAAAGAGAAAGCUAAAACGAAAUCAACUGCACUACACUAAAGUAUACUCUCCUUGGCAAGUAACUCAACUAACUAAACUAAACUAAACUAAUUGUAAACGUAAACUAAUUUAAAAUAGGAUAUGUACAGCAUUCUUUCUUUGAAUAACAUGACAAACUCUCAACUCCCCGCAUAACGUAAAAAAUAACCCAAAAAUAUAUGGAAAACCAACCAUGUGAAUGUAACUAAAUCUAUAAAUAUGAACAUAUAUACACAUAUAUAUAUGAAUAUGUAUGUGACUAUGUGUGUGCAUGUGUGUGUGUGUAAUAUCUUCGUUGUUCGGUUAGAAAAAAAAGGAAAAAGGAACCCAAAACCAAUAAGCCCUUCCUCCAAGAGUUAUUAUCAUAAAUCAGACACGAAAAAUCCCAAACUUGUGGCUCAACAUUUGUAAAAUAUACGUUCACAUGUGUGGUAUGCAUACGCAUGGUAAAACUGCCGAAGAAGUUAUAUAAAUCUUGGUAACUGUAUAUAUUAGAUAACCCAUAGACAAAGAAAACCAAUUCUUGAACCGACUAUUGUUGAAACCAUUCUAUGUCCCGAUAGAAGCUGUGAAAUAAUGUUAAACUAAGGCGGACUAUAAGUCUUACCAAAGUGGUAGCAGUGAAGAAGUUUUUGGAAUCAUUAUUAUCUAACAUUCUAUUUAUAUACAAGAUAAUUUAAAUUGUUAUCUAAUUAACAAUUGAAUUGAAUUCCUUUUUUUUUAAUUUUACCAAACUGUUACUUUUAUCUCCAACAUAUCAACAUGAUUUUGGCAUCCAGCUUAUUUUGCAUUUAUUUUAUUUCAUGAUGAUUAUUGCAAUUGCAAAAACUCAAUCGUAAUCAAAUUAAGUCGGCUUUCUCCAAAACAUUAUUUGCUGUAUACUAUUUACCCUUAAACGUUAUUUACUGCUACCAAAAGUUUAAGAAACAAAUUUUGAAAAAACAAUACCACAUGUUUUUAAAUUUCCCACUAAAUCAAUCAGAAUGCAAACUCGAGGGGAAGAAAUUUAAGAAAAUAAAAACUGUGGGCAGUCAAAAAACAAACAUGAAAACCAAUCGGAGAAAAUUCAAAUUGAAGACAGAGAAAAAUAUUCGACGAAUGCAUACGUAAUAUAACAUAUGUAAAUUGUACUCAAAGAGCACACACACGCAUACAUACACACACACACUCACUAACACAUCACAGGCAACACAAACACAUAGACAGGCACGUGUACAUGUAGAUGUAUGUCAGUUUGUCCUUGUAACGAUUUAAAGCGUAUCCACAAGAUAUUAAUUGCCCGUAUGUGCUAAGACUUAGAAUUUAAGCAGACAACAAAAACCAGAAGGAAACACAAACAAAAUAAUAUUUUUAAGGUAAACCAAAGACUUUUUUCUUUGCAACUAAAUGAGCGCAGGAGUCUUCAAAGGACUCGUAGGCACACACACACACACACAAACACAGAUACAGAACACACACACAGCCGAAAGUAAUCUUAAACGAAAAAAAAGAGAGCAAGAAAAAACCGUAGCAUUUAAGUUGAACUUAUGUAUUAUGUAUUGUAUAAUAUAAACCUACGUAUAGUAUAUAGUC